AAUAAUCGAAAUUAUAACUUACGUGAAAAGACGAACAAAUAUCCCCCGUUAAAAUGUACAAUUAUAAUUAAAUACGUAACCUUCAUAAGUAAUGCCAUGGUGUAAUUUUUGUUUUUAAAGUAAAUUGUGAGUUUGGUAAGAACGGAGUGAUAGCAUAUCUGAGUCGGUAAUUGCAGGAUGUCGGUAACAUCGCGAAGUUUCGGCAAUCAUUACUCGCAGGCACGUGAAGAGGUAAUGGUCGCCGACGGGAAAGGGUUGCCAGUCCACACUCUUUGCGGAUGUGCAUAGGAAUAUUACGACACAUCGAAGUACACCGGGUCAGCGAUAGCUAGUUCAUCGGGCGACUCGUUCGUCGUGACACGGAGCAUCCUGGUGGUUACCUGAAGGAAUGGCGCCGACACUGAGUAAACUCGCAACGAGACGCUCCUUGACAGGCGCAGUGGCGAUCGGCGUCUUUGUCUGGCUGCUCAAGAAGAGAGCUAGAAAGCCUCCUGCCCGAACAAGAAACGCCUAUCCUACGAACGAUAUCCACUAUGUCAUCAAGGAGGAGAGGCCUAAAGGUCCAAAAGCGCAAGUCAAUGCCACCUUCUUUCGACAACUACGCCAAUUGCUCUCCCUUGGAAUCCCGGGUCUCUUCUCCGCCGAGGCAGGAUUCAUCGUCCUGGUUGCCUUUUCUCUCAUCUCCAGGUCUCUCUGUGACCUGUGGUUGAUUCAUAUUACGACUAUGAUCGAGAACUGCAUCGUUAACACGAAUAGAGAGUUGUUCAAGAAACGUCUCGUCACGCUGUUAUCCGUUAUACCAUUGGUUUCUGUCGUGAACAAUGUGUUGAAAUAUAGCAUAGGGGAAGUGAAACUGAGGCUGAGAACGAACAUCACUCAUCACUUGUUGGAUCAGUACCUCAAAGGCUUCACUUACUACAAGAUGAAUAAUUUGGAUUCUCGAAUCGCAAAUCCGGAUCAGCUGCUGACAACGGACGUGGAUAAGUUUUGCGACAGUUGUACAGAUCUGUACAGCAACAUUGCCAAGCCCGCUUUAGACAUUUGUAUUUACGUUUAUAGACUUACUUCUAACCUUGGUGGCAAGACACCACUGUUAAUGUUGACGUACCUGAUUGCGGCAGGAGGUUUCUUAACGCAUCUUCGCAAACCUUUAGGACAAAUGACUGUAAAGGAACAAAAGUUAGAGGGAGAAUUUCGUCAUAUUAAUUCUCGCUUAAUCACCAAUUCCGAAGAGGUAGCCUUCUAUCAAGGAAACACACGCGAGAAGUUAACAUUACUUGCUAGUUUCCAUAAACUGACAGCACACCUACGAAAGCUUCUGGAAUUCAGAGUCAUAAUGGGUGUAGCAGAUAACUUCAUUGCUAAGUAUUUGGCGUCUAUUGUGGGCUUUUAUGCUGUGAGCAUACCAUUCUUCGAAAAGAACCACCCGAUUCUUUCAGGGUCUACUGAUCAUCGAUUUAGAAAUUAUUAUGAGUACGGUCGAAUGUUAGUAAAAUUAGCUGAGGCGAUAGGCAGAUUAGUUCUCGCUGGCAGAGAAAUGACAAGACUAGCAGGAUUAACGGCAAGAGUAACGGAAAUUAAGGAUGUUCUGCGUGACUUGAACAAUGGGAAAUAUCAGCGAACAAUGGUCACAGAUGCAAAGACUAGCUCGAUCGGUGCUCCUGGUGCUGGAACGAUAAUACCCAGAGAUAAUAUCAUUCGCUUCGAUAAAGUCCCAUUGGUUACACCAAAUGGUGACGUGCUCAUCAGAGAACUUACAUUCGAAGUGAAAUCCGGAAUAAAUGUACUGGUCUGUGGCCCUAAUGGCUGUGGAAAAAGUUCCCUUUUCAGGAUACUCGGUGAGUUGUGGCCAGUGUGGGGAGGUACGAUAACAAAACCACCACGUGGAAAGCUAUUUUAUAUUCCACAAAGACCGUACAUGACACUGGGUACGUUACGCGACCAAGUAAUUUACCCACAUACUCAGGCCGAAAUGAUACGGAGAGGUAACGCGAAGGAUGAGGAUCUACAAAAGUUCCUCGAUUUAGUUCAACUGAACCAUUUGCUUGAAAGGGAAAACCAAGGAAAUAGCCAUGGACAAGGUUGGGACACCGUAGCUGAUUGGAUGGACGUUUUGUCUGGAGGAGAGAAACAACGAAUUGCGAUGGCAAGGUUAUUCUACCACAAACCGCAAUUUGCAAUUCUGGAUGAGUGUACGAGUGCUGUAAGCGUCGACGUUGAAGACUCUAUGUACACAUACUGUAGAAGUGCCCAAAUUACGUUGUUCACCGUCUCUCAUCGUCGAUCUCUGUGGAAACACCAUGAGUAUUAUCUACAAAUGGAUGGUCGAGGGAACUUCGAGUUUCAGCCCAUUCAACCGGACACUGAAGAGUUUGGUUCGUGAAUCCUUGUGUCCCUUGCGUCGAUCGGUUCAGCGUAAUGCUUGACUUUAUUUGCAAGGGACAGUUUCGACAGAAAUACAGCAAGGAUAGCAGCGAAAAGUUCUGGGCAAAUUAGGCAAGCUAGGUCACAAACUGGCGUUGCAGCCGAAAACGACGUCCUUCAAUGUGCCAAACCUGAGCAGGGUUGAACCUUUGAAAGAAGACAUGCAACGAGUUGACAACAUUAAAUGCAUAGAUCAAACCAAGAUCCGCGGUUGAAGGCGCGCUUGGCACACGUGUGUCUUAUAUUUUUCUAUCGGUCUUUUUAUAUAACAUCAAUAUUACGACCAUAAACAUUUACGCGCACACAACCAAGUACGCACUUAGUGGUACCGGGUAGUUGAUAAUUUUUCUAUCUACAUCUCUCACAAUCUGCAACGUAGACGUCACUAUUGACAAGUAUCCUUCCCUUGCUCUCUGCAUAUAUUAUGGAGGGAAAUUUUGGAAGAGCUUUUCACAGAAUAUGUCAUGAAAUCCAAAAAUCAGGAUACGGCGUACAUUCAACAGUGGCUACUUUAUAUUAACAGCCUGCACUUGAACCAUCUUAUACGUCGUAUCUUUGGUUCCAUUCUUUUGGAUUCCACGGCGAAUCCGAUGAAUCAGUUUCAUCGGAUAACAAUGUCUGUAUCGAACAAAAACUAUCACCCGAUAGGUAUAGGCCCACAAGUUACAGAAAGCAAUUCACCUUAUCCCUUACUUCAAGUAAUCGAACCAGAACUAUGGAGCAUGCUAAUUUGUAUAUAACUUGAUUCCACUAUAAGGGACAGUCUAAAAAUGUCACAUUACCGAUUAUCAUGUGUCGAUCACAUUGGAUAGCUAUUGCCAAGAGAUAUAUUUACGGGAUUGCUGGACAAUAAAAAUACCAAGAGAACGGAA